AUGGCGCGGGCGGCGGGGCUGUGCCGGGCCGCCUGCGGCCUCGCCUGGCUGUUGGUCUGCUGCGCGGCUCGCCGGGACCCCUCAGGCAACGAUGCUUUUACCAUUCGCCAUGACACGCUGAACAAGUGCAUGCAAGUGAAAAACUCGCGGAUAGUGAUAGAUGAGUGCCAGGAGACAAGCGAUGCUUUAUGGAAAUGGGUGUCCCAGAAUCGCCUCUUUCAUUUGGGGUCCAAGCAGUGCCUGGGACUUGAUAUAUUCACCAAAUUACCAUCUCGCCUGAAAAUGGUCGAUUGUAACUCUGAUCUAAGGCUGUGGUGGCAAUGUGCUGAUGCGUCCAUCCUUGGUGCAUCUCAGUACAAAGUGACUAUCAAGUCUACCUUUGUAACUGCAAGCAUAAAUGCAACAGACCAGUGGAGAAUCAACAGUUCCUCUGAUGAUAUAUGUCGGUAUCCUUACCGUGAGGUUUACACCAAAGAUGGAAACUCUUAUGGAAAACCCUGUGAGUUCCCCUUUCUGUAUAAUAAGACGUGGCAUCAUGACUGCAUUCAGGAUGAAACACACAUGGGUGGGAAAUGGUGUGCCACAUCUGAAGAUUAUGCUCAUGAUGGAAAAUGGGGAAUCUGCUUACAACGAGAGGAUGGUUGUCAUGAUAUCUGGGAACAUGAUCCAGGUUCUGAAAGUUGCUACCAGUUUAAUACACAGUCUGCUCUUUCUUGGAAGGAAGCUUAUAUUUCAUGUCAAAUGCAAGGAGGAGACUUAAUUAGCAUCCAAAGUGCAUCCGAAUUAAGUUACAUACAAGCUAAGGAUGGCAUUGCUCAGAUAUUUUGGAUUGGCUUAAAUCAGCUGGACGUUUCUGGAGGUUGGCAGUGGUCAGAUCACAAACCUUUGAAUUUUCUUAACUGGCAUCCAGAUAUGCAGACUUUGUCCCCUCUAGAUGGGACUAGCUGUGUGGUGAUGGAUGCUGCCUCAGGUCAGUGGCAGAGUUACCACUGUGGGACUCCACUUCCAUAUGUUUGCGAGAAGUCACUCAAUGAAGUUAAAAGCCUCCCAGAGUUUUGGAGGCACUUGGAUACUCGCUGUGAUCCAGACUGGCUUCCUCACAAUGGUUUUUGCUACAUGCUGAUAAAUACCCAGUCGUCUUGGAGUAAGGCAGAGGAGAUGUGCAAAGCAAAUAAGAGCAACCUCAUCAGCAUACACUCAUUAGCAGAUGUCGAACUGGUUCUUACAAGGCUUCAUCAUGAUGCUAAUGAAGAAAUGUGGAUGGGUCUCCGGAAUGAAGAUAUACCAACCUUGUUCAAAUGGUCAGAUAACUCAGAUGUAGCUUUUACAUAUUGGGAUCAGAAUGAACCAAAAGUUCCUUUUAACAGCACUCCUAACUGUGUGUCAUAUUCAAGCAAGUUGGGACAAUGGAGAGUCAAAUCCUGUGAGGAAAAACUGAAAUACGUAUGCAAGAAAAAAGGAGAGAUUUUGAAUGAAACAAAAUCAGAUAAAAGUUGCUCACUGGAAGAGGGAUGGGAGAGACAUGGAAACUACUGUUACAAGAUUUCAAAAACUGAAGCUUCAUUUGGAGCACAGUGCAAUCUGACGGUGAUGAACAGAUUUGAGCAAGAAUUUAUAAACAGUCUAAUUAGAAAACACACCAAAGUUGAAGAAAAAUAUUUCUGGACCGGUUUGCAGGAUAUGAGCCAAUCAGGAAUAUAUUCCUGGGGUACAGUGGAUGGGGAAAAACCUGAAGCUGUGACAUACACUAACUGGAAUUCUUUGCAACCAGAGUUUUCGGGAGGAUGUGUGGCCAUGCCCAGUGGAAAGUCUCUUGGAAAGUGGGAAACUAAGGACUGUAAAACCACUAAAGCGUUUUCCAUCUGCAAAAAAUAUAUCGGGCUGCCCAAGGAGCCAGAAGUGCUCCCAAAGCCAACUGAUCCCUGUCCCCCUGGGUGGCACAAUGGAUCUGGCCUUGCCUGCUACAAGUUAUUCCACAGUGAAAGAGUGCUGCGAACCAGGACCUGGGAAGAGGCAGAAAGGUUCUGUGAAGCACUUGGAGGUCAUCUGCCCAGUUUUAGUCACUCGGAGGAAAUCAAGGCACUUCAUUCUAUCCUGAGAAAAAUAAUCAGCAAUGACAGGUGGAUAUGGAUUGGAAUGAAUAAGAGGAGUCCAGAUUCUUUGGGAACCUGGCAAUGGAGUGAUGAUAAACCUGUAACUAGUGUUGUUAUGCCACUGGAUUACUUGGAAGAUGAAUAUGAUACAAGAGACUGUGCUGCAUUAAAGACCUCUCAGUUUUCACGGAGAUCAUUUUGGAGAUUUUAUUUUCAUGAAGGCAGAGACCUGGAAUUUUACUUCAAGCCUUUUGAUUGUGAAGCUAAACUUGAAUGGGUCUGCCAGAUAACAAAAGGUAGCACUCCAAAGACACCUGAGUGGUAUAUACCAGAUGAAAUUGGAAUUCACGGACCCCCAAUUGUUGUUGAUGGAGCAGAGCUGUGGUUUGUACCAGAUAAAAACUUGAGUUUCCAGGAAGCUAUUUUCUACUGUCAGAAAAAUGAUAGUGAUUUAGCUUCUGUGGAGUCUUACCCAAAACUACGGACAAUACUGUCGCAAAUAGAAAAGUUAUCAAACAGUGAACAGAAGUGGUGGCUGAAGUUUAUUGACUAUGGCUACAGCUAUCAUUCACCUUUACAGUUAUUUUCACGCUUCCAUGAUCGAUUCCUGAGAGAUUGCUGGUAUGUUUCUAGAAAGAACUGGUAUAGAGACUAUCCAAUUAACUGUAAUGUGAAACUACCCUUCAUCUGUGAAAAAAAUAAUGCCUCCUUACUAGAGAAACACGAUCCCAGCUACAGCCCAGUCAGAGGAGGCUGUCCUAAAGGUUGGCAUCAGUUCCGGAAUAAGUGUUUUCUAAAGAUGAAACCUGAAUAUUUAACAUUUAAUGCAGCUAAUGAAAAGUGUGUAACUUUUGGAGGCUCUCUUCCAUCUAUCUCAAAUCAAGCUGAGCAAGAUUAUAUAACAUCCUUGCUUCCUAGUAUGCCAAAAGAUAUUUGGAUUGGUUUGCAGUUUCUCUUCAGCACAAGAGAAAACAAAUGGAUAGAUGGGAGUAGACUGCUGUACAGUAACUUUCACCCACUCCUGACAGGAAGAUUAAGGAAAAUUCCACUGGAUCUUUUUGAUGAAGAAUUUAACAAUCAGUGUGGUGUGAUCCUCAAUGAUCCCAAAUCGCAGUAUGUUGGAACAUGGAAUUUCACUGCUUGUGCUGACAAGCACUUCUUGGGCAUCUGCCAGCGGCCUAUAGGAGCUGCUGAUAACCAGACAGAGCAAAUCUUUAAUGAAACGUUGAGCUAUCAAAAUGUUCAAUACAUGGUAAUUCUAAAGAAUUUGUCCUGGAAUGAUGCAAUGGCUACAUGCAUAAAUAACAAGAUGCAGCUGGUUAGCAUCACAGAUCAGUUUCAGCAGGCUUUUCUUGCUGUUCAGGCUGCUCUUCGUAAUUACCCACUGUGGAUUGGACUCUUCAGCAGGGAUGGUGGAAAACAUUAUGGCUGGCUGGAUGGGAAACAUGUUAGUUUUAGUCGCUGGUCUGAAGACGAUGAAGAAACAAGUGAAGAAUGUGUGUUUUUGGACACUGAUGGCUUCUGGAAAACUUCUGACUGUUCCUCUGAAAAUCGAGGUGCUAUUUGCUAUGCAUCAGAAAAGAAGAUUGAAACUGAACAAGUUACGCAAGUGAAGUGCCCACAUAAGAUUAAAAAUACACCCUGGAUAGCAUUUAGAAACAAUUGUUACACCUUUAUGAUAACAAAAAAUAGAUGGAGAGAAAUGAAGUCUCAAGAAGCUCAUCACUUAUGCAAGAAAAUGAAUCCAGAAGCAUUUGUUUUGAGUGUUCGAGAUGAAGAGGAGAAUAACUUUGUUACUGAGCAGCUUCAUUCAUUCAGCGGUCUGGCCAUGUGGGUCUGGCUGGGUGUGAUUUAUGAUGACAGUGAUGAAGUUCUCAAGUGGUAUGAUGAAACUCAUGUGACUUACAAUAACUGGAGGCUAGGAAGACCUAACAUAAAGAAGAACAGUUUUUUUGCUGGUGUGAAUCUUGAUGGUUUUUGGGAUAUUUAUAAUUAUUCUCAAAGCUGGCAUGCUCAUCACUAUAAUGUGUACAGUAUUCUCUCCUGUAAAAUUGAAAGGGGGCCCCAACAGCACAAGCCUCCAUUGCCCGAGUCUAUUCCACAUGGAAACAGAACAUACAGAGUCCUUCAGAAGAAGUUAACGUGGUACGAGGCGUUGAGAGAAUGCAAACAAAACAAGAGUGAUUUAGCCAGUGUACACAGUGAAUCACAACAGCUGUUUCUAGAAGACAUUGUGAAGCGGGACGGCUAUCCUCUGUGGCUUGGGUUGUCAGUUCAUGAUGGAAGUAAAGCUAAUUUUGAGUGGUCAGAUGGAAGCAACUUUGACUAUUAUCCUUGGGAACUGGAAAACUCAAAUACUACUGAGAACUGUGUUCUGUUGGAUACUAAAGGAUCCUGGAACCGCACAAAAUGUACAAGUGUUGCUGAAGGUGCCAUUUGUUAUAGUCCCCCAAACAAGAGACAAAUGCAGCCAACACAAGAGAGCAGAGCCCCAGGAUGCCCUCAGAUGAGUGAUGCCCUGCAGUGGAUACAGUAUAAGGAUCAUUGCUAUGCCUUCGACAUGGCAUUCUACAAUUUCUCAGUAUACAAUGUGGAAGAUGCUAAGAAAGUCUGUCAGAAACUGAAUCCUUCAGCAACUCUUCUGACUAUAGUCGAUGCUGAAGAAAAUGCAUUUGUCAGCACACACAUCAAGGAAAAUGAUCUCAUCACUAAGAACGUAUGGCUUGGCCUGGCUCAAAGCUCUAAAGAUCAGUCCCUGAACUGGCUUGAUGGCUCAUCAGUUAAUUAUGUCAACUGGGAAAAUAAUACUGCGGAAGUCAGUGAAAAAUGCAGUGUUAUCCUGUCCACAACUGGCACAUGGUCCAAGGUUGAUUGCAGUCAGAGUCAAAGCAGAGUGGUUUGUAAAGCUCCUUUAGGUUCUAGCCAUACUGGAGUGGCUGUAGCAUUUGCACUGCUGAUUAUCUCGGUCUUCGUUGUGGGAUUACUGUGGUAUCUGUAUAAGAAGAAGCGUCUCCACUGGAGCGCCUUCUCUUCAGUGCGCUACCAGAGAGGGAUGAAUGAUGAUGAAACUGAUGAUAUGUUCACAAAAGAUAGCUAUUGAGAGACUGUCCUUUCUGGGUAAUUUAGCAUGGACUUCACCGUGUGAAGCCAUAAGGAAUGAACUGCUUGGUGGUUUAUUACUUCUUUUGGAAAAGUAAUAAGAAGGCUAUUAACAAGGGCUAAAUGUUACUCUCUUAUACAAGUGCAAUUUUUACUCAAGCCCAUGGUAACUAUUUAAAUUCAACCUCAGCCAUUUAAGGUGCAAGAUUCUAGAGUUUUCUGUGUGUUUGGUUUGGUGUUUUAAUUUGCAGUAUUUUCUCUUUACUGGGAAGAGUUUUUAUUGAAAUAAUGAAUGCCAACAGUACUUCAUGCAACAUCACCUUAACGAAUGCACUUAAAAUUGCUACAUGAAUUCUGUCACUUUGUACAAAUAUCCGUCCAUAACUCCAUGCCAAAUGAUGUACCACUUUGAUAUGCUUAUAAGCAUUUUGCUUCUAGCAUUGGGUUACCCUGUGGAAGCAACUUCUGAAUUAAGCAGCUACAAAUUUUGAUACAGCAAAGGAGAAGGGAGUUGCCAGGUCUCUGAGUAUUCAUUCCCAUCCAACUAGAACUUAAAUUUUCUUGUUGUAGUGGGGGAAGAUCAUAGUGUGAUUUCACAUACACACCCACACACACAAAGACACCAAAAAAUCGUGUCAGAGUGGUGAGAGAAGGAUCUUCCUUAGAAUGCAGAAUGAACAUUUUGAAUAGAGAGUUAUGGGGAAUACCUUGUGCUAAAGCCAUGCCAUCUAGGAUUAGAUGAAAUAAACAGAAUAUUGGAAGCCUGAGACUGUGGCAAGCUGGCAGAUCACUGCUCUUAUCCCUUGAAGGGGGGCAGUGGGGCUAACAAGAGUACCCAUUGAGGGCUAACUGCAAACACAAGCAGAACUCAAGAGGUAAUAAAAGCCUUAAGCCCUGUGAAAGCAGAGGCAUAAAUGUUACAUUUUACCCUGUGAUGUAACUGCUCUUUGAGUAAAUCACUCAGUUUCUUUUCACAGCUCCUUUCACAAAAGUGAAACAUUCCUGCUAUUUGGGCCUUUAUGUUGAAAAUCAGUAUCUGGACCCAAGUAUUAAUUAAGGUUUAAAACCUGUACUUGGAGUAGUGUUUGGAGACACAUAUACCACAUUCUGCCAUAUGUCUCCAGACUGCUCUAAAAUCAGACUUGAAUGAUUUUCUUGCAGAUCAAAACACAGAACAAAGACCUGCUCCAUCUAAUCAUCUGUUGCACUAUGACACCCAAGGGCAGGAGUGUUGUAGGGACAGUAACAAGAUCCUCCUGACAUUUACUUCCCCCAACACUCUUAUUUAUACCAGGAUUAAAUGCUUGCCUUUAUAGGUGAAAUAUGUCAUCUGUCCAAGAAACAAGGUGAAGAUAUAUCUAAGGAAGGAGUGAGAAAGAACAUAUGAUAAACAAACUUGUGUACAUAAAUGCUAAAAAUACUUGAGUGUUUUGCAUAGAACUUGAUUUUUGAACGUGAUAUGUUGCCAUGGCCUUUCCUAUGCAGUCCAAAGAAAGCUGUAAAGGGAAAAGGGAAAGACAGAAUUGUAUAUGCUAAUUAAUUAUAUAAUCAAUUGAAAAACUCUUUAGACUUUUUCGAUGCACAAGACCAAGAGCAGGCAUGUUUAAGUUAUGAAAGAGGAUGGGGGCGUGAUGCCAUGAGUAGGGCUGCGUUUGGUCCGAUGUGUCGAGAAAAGAACUACUGACUUCUCUGAGGCUCAACUGCCUUUGUUCCCCUGCAGUUUACUUAUGUUGACAGCACUUUUCUUUGUUCCUGUUUGCACUAUUUUGAUAAGCGAGUGUUUAUCAUUUGUAUUGAGAAAUAGAGAACUUCUUGUCAUAGGGCUGGAGAGCCGGGGCAGCCUGAAGGCGCAGCCAAGGAACCCUUGUGUCAGUUUGAUGGAAAGAGUUAAGCACUUUUGUUCUUUUAUUCGGUACUUUGGGCACAAUUGUGAGUGUUUUCUUUCUUGAGGUAACUUGUAGAAUUGCGAUACUAGUUACUAUGUAAUGAAAAUAACCCUCAGUCACCAUCUUAAGUUUAGGCUGGUAUGAGAAGUUUGAAACAUAACAAAGCCGGGUUCCUGCCGUGUUCCGGUUUAGCUGAUAUGCCCAACUGCUUUACCAAAUGGCUUCUAACUUAAUGGACUAAAAAAAAAGUGUUGGUUAAUGUUUUUUUCUAACAGUAGUAAGUGGGAAGACUAUUUACAAAUUCUCAUGUUUUGAGAUUUACUAGUUUUAUAGGUGUUUAUACUUCGAGCAUUUUUAGGUGUGAAUCUGAAAUGGAAAAUGGAAAUUAGCAGAAAAAUCCUAAUUCUCCAACAGACAUGAAUAUAUACUUUUAUAAAAAAUGUAUAUUUUAUUCUUAUGGAUGAUGUAAAUAGUUUUUUAAGGCCUCAUUUCUCAUGUUUGUUUUGCCAUACCCACAUUGUCCAAUCACUGGUAGUUCUUGAGUGAACACAACUGCCUUAGUGCAGGUGAACACCCCGCUUUUAUUUUAAAUGCACAUACAGGUUAUUUAGCAGUAUUGUUAUUGAAAGAAUAAAGUUAAGUAAAACACUAAA